CUCCCCCAGGCCCCUGCUAGGGAACGAGACGCUUCUGUUGAUUUGAUUGGUGGGGCUGGAGCGCAAGUCUCCUCUGAUUGGUGUUUGGGAAAUCUGCGUGUGUUGGCGCGGAGGCCAGCUCGGAGUCGGACAAGUCCGAGUGUUGGCGGCACGAUCAUGGUGGACGUAAUGGAACUUCCCAAAGCGCGCAUCAACGCCAGCAUGCUAGCGCAGUUCAUCGACCGACCCGUGUGCUUCGUGGGGAAGCUGGAAAAGAUUCAUCCCACUGGAAAAAUGUUUAUUCUUUCAGAUGGAGAAGGGAAAAAUGGAACCAUUGAAUUGAUGGAGCCACUUGAUGAAGAAAUCUCUGGAAUUGUGGAAGUAGUUGGAAAAGUCACAGCCAAGGCAACCAUAAUGUGUGCAUCUUAUGUCCAGUUUAAGGAAGAUUGUGUUCGUUUUGAUCUUGAACUUUACAAUGAAGCUGUGAAAAUUAUCAAUGAGUUCCCUCAGUUUUUUCCUUUAGGGCUUGUACAACAUGAAUGAACUUCUCAAAUUUUUUAUGAUUGCCAGUGAGCUACAUUGAAAGCUAUUAAAGAAGACUUCUUCAGUUUGAGGGAGAGACUCCUCUAUUUUCUAAUAUUUAAUUUGGUCUUUUUUAUGUAUUUUUUUUUUUUGUAAAUCUAUUAUGUGACAGUUUACAACUAAGUCUUUUUAAAAAAAAUUUUAAAUUGCUACUUCUGCAUAUGGUCUCAAUUCAAGAAUAAUAAAACAUUUGUCUUGCGUUUAGAUUUCUACUGUAGAAUAAAAAUCAAAAUAACA